AUGUCAGCCCGCAUGGCUCGCUGGCUUUCCUUCUACGCCGAAUACAAUUUCUCGGUUCAAUACAAACCCGGCAAGGACAAUGUUUUGGCUGACGCGCUCUCUCGGCGUCCAGAUUACUCCUCGCCUGUGGACUUUGCCUCGAUCGGAUUCCUCCACUCCGAUCUCCAUGACCGCAUCCGAACCGCCUACUCCAUCGACGCGAGUUGCUCGGCUGCGUUUAGUGCCCUCACCACUCCCGAGCCGCUCAAGUCUCGGCGAUUACCGUCCUUACUCCAUCGUUACUCUGUUCGCGAUGGCCUACUUUACUUCCAGCCCAUCCAGGACACGCCUCCGCGCAUAGCGCACAUCGUGGCACUGUCGCCUCCGGCCGAGGAGCAGUGGCCGGCGGAAGAAGACCACCAAGAGGAAGGGGGCGCGCGCACGAAAGGCGUGAUCGGGGAGGGCCGAUUUGUGGAGGAGGACAAGAUCGCCGACAGAAAAGGUCGCCAAAUUGGAACGACCACGGCGAUCGGAGUGCGUCGCUUGCCGCUGCUGGGCGAGCGCGAGGUUGUCCUUGAUCUGUUGCAACACAGAUUGACGAUGGGCAAGGAAGUCCGUCAAGUCCUGGACGGAACGCACUAG